AUGGGUCAGAGCAACGGCAAGCCCGUCGUCUUUACCGACCAAGUAAACCUCAACCACUUCCGGCUGCUGCGAGUCGUCGGCAAGGGCGCAUUCGGCAAGGUGCGCAUUGUCGAGCGCAAAGACACGGGUCUCACCUUUGCGCUCAAGUACAUACGCAAAGAUGAAGUCGUACGCUCGGAAAGCGUCCGCAACAUCAUUCGCGAGCGGCGCAUGCUCGAGCACCUGAACCACCCCUUCCUCUGCAACUUGCGCUACAGCUUCCAGGACAUCGAAUACCUAUAUAUCGUGGUCGAUCUAAUGAAUGGCGGUGACCUGCGCUUCCACAUCUCGCGAAAGACAUUUACAGAGGAGGCUGUGCGCUUCUGGAUAGCCCAGCUAGGCUGCGCCGUGCGCUACAUCCACCAGCAGGGCAUCGUACACAGGGAUAUCAAGCCAGACAACGUGCUGUUGGAUUCCGAAGGUCACGUCCAUCUGGCAGAUUUCAACGUCGCUUCCGAUUUUGUCCCCACCAAGCCGCUGACAAGCAAGUCCGGCACGCUCGCCUAUCUCGCGCCCGAGGUCUACGAAGGCAAAGGAUACUCAUGCGAAGUCGACUGGUGGUCACUGGGCGUGCUCUUCUACGAGUGCAUCUACAACAAGCGACCCUUCGAGGCUAGCAGCCACGACUCUCUCGCCGCCAAGAUCUCCAAGGGAGAGCCCACAUACCCCGUUACCAGUCCCCCCGUAUCCAUGCCCUGUCUACAUGCCAUCAGCUCGCUUUUGGAGAAGAACAGGACAAAGCGCAUCGGCGCCAUCGGAUUCGAGUCCUUCACAGACAAUCCCUUCUUCCGUCCCAUCGAUUUCAUCGCGUUAGAGCGCAAAGAAAUCCCGCCCGUCUUUAUCCCGUCGAGCGACAAGACCAACUUCGAUGCCACCUACGACCUGGAGGAGCUGUUGUUGGAAGAAGCACCGCUUGAGGCAAGAGCGCGGAGACAGAAGCCUAGAGAGGCGCUCAAGGACGAUGCGACCGAGCAGGAGAUCAGGGCUGAAGAGCUGCACAGGAUGAUUGAGACCCUUUUCGAGCCCUUCAACUACACCACCGCUGGUGACCAACGAACGCCUGCCGCGGUCGCAGUCGUAGAUCCUCAAGAUUCUGUCGGCGGCUCAAGGACGAGCAACCAAAGCGCACCGGAUCAACCUCCCACACCGUCAGUAGAUCCCUGGGGUCGCCCAGUUGCGAACAAUCCCCAGGACGCAGAACUCCAUCCCACACGCUCCGCCGCUACUGGCCGAUCGACGCAAUCUCCCAACGGCAGCCCUCCCCUUGCAACCAACAUACUGAACCAGACCGCCAACACCGGCUCACCCACCUCGCAACGUGGCGAGCACGUCGACUAUUUCCCCAACGACGGCUCCGAAGUCCCCACCCCCUCCUUCUCCCGCCCGAUGAACAACCGCCAGCGAGGCUCGCAACGCAGCAUCAGCACCAGCGGAGGCGUACAGGUAGUUCUCAACGAGACCGGUUCUUGGACUGAGAUGGCUAACCAAAGUUCCGCCCUCGUACAGAAAGAUGCCCAAGCUGAGAAACCCUCCGGAAUGCUCGGCUUCCUCAGUCGCAAAAAGGGCCGGGACAGGAGUCCCAAGGCGAAAGAGAGGGGUGUGUUGGGUAAAGAAGGCGCCAGAGUCAUCAUCAGCAAUACUUGA